AUGCAGAAGAUGGCAGUUAUGCAGAAGGUGUCAGUCAUACACAAAAUGUCCGCCAUGCCAAAGGAGUCAAUCGUGUCAAAGGCAUCCAUCUCGCAGAAUGCAGCAGUCAUGCAGAAAAGAUUUGUCAUGGAGAUAUCACCAGUCGUCCCAAGGGCUCCAGUCAUGCAAAAUGUGCGAGUUAUGGAGAAGGCAUCAGCCAUACCGAAACCACCAGUCACGUGGAAGGUGCCAGUCAUACGGAAAGUGUCAGGGUACUCAAAGAUUCCUGUCAUAAAAAAGCAAAAUGUGUCUAUCCUGCCAAAGGCAUCAAACAUGCAGAAUGUGAUAGUUAUGCAGAAGGCUCCCGUCAUACAGAAGGAGCCUGUCAUGAAAGAAGCAUCAAACAUGGACAAAUCACCAGUCAUGUCAAAGGCUCCAAUAAUCUCAAAGAUACCAGUCUUGAAAAAGGUGCCAGUUAUGUUAAAGACACAAAUCAUGAAAAAGGUACAGGUCACAUCAAAGAUACCGGUCAUGCAAAAAACAUCAGUCAUGAAGAAAACAAAUAUACAGACGACAGCAGUCAUGUCGACAAGCCAAGUCAUGUCAAAGACUCCAGACAUGCAGAAGGCACAUGUCAAACAGAAGGUGUCAUUCAUGCAGGAGGACUCAUUUAUACCAAAGUUGGCAGUCAUGCGGAAGACCCCAGCCAUGCAGAACCAGUUAGAAGAGCAAAAGUCCCCAGCUGUUCAGAAACAAUUAGUUAUUCAGAAAUUGUCAGCCAUAAAAAGAAUACCAGCCACACCACUAGUCAUCAUGAAAACACCAGAAAAUCAAAAAAUGUCAGCAACGCAGAAGUCAUCAAUAAAAUAUAAACCAUCAGCCAUGGAGAAACAGUCAAUUGGGCAGGAGCAGUUGCUCAUUCAGAUACCAUCAGUUGUGCAGAAACCAUCAGUCAUGCAGAAACCACCAAUCAUACAGAAGCAGCUGUUCCCGGAGAAGACACCAGGAAAGCCAGAACAGUCAUUCUUACCAAAGCUACAAGAUCCCGAGAAAAGGGCUACUGUUAGACACCCAAAGCAAUGUACAACACAAUCAAUGGUAACAGCACUGAAUAAUAGAGGUGACAGGAGUACCUUAUCUGGCAACUUGGUAGAUAUUGCAACAUCGUUAACUCCGGGAGAAAUAUUAAAGAGAUACAUGGACAGGCUAACGAUUUAUGAGCACCAUGAGAUAUUUCGUUACACUGAAAUCUACUUUUUUGGUCCCAGUGCAAAAAAGUGCCAUGGUUUCAUCGGUGACCCAAAUAAUUAUGGCUUUGAUGACACGCAGGGUUAUUAUAUUCAAGUACCACAUGAUCACAUUGCAUACAGGUAUGAAGUGCUGAGAGUUAUUGGGAAAGGAUCAUAUGGACAAGUGUUGAAGGUGUAUGAUCACAAACUGCAACUGCAUGUGGCAUUAAAAAUGGUCCGUAAUGAGAGAAAUUGUCAUCAGCAGGCCAUGGAUGAGAUACAAAUACUUAAACAUCUGACGAAACAGGACAAGGAUAACAACAUGAAUGUCAUUCACAUGCUGGACUACUUCACAUUCCGAAAUCAUAUCUGUAUGACAUUUGAGCUGCUCAGCAUGGACCUGUACAAACUUAUUAAGAAAACCAAAUUCACAGGCUUCAAUCUACCAACAGUGCGAAAAUUUGCUAACUCGAUUUUACAAUGCUUGAAUUCCCUGCAAACAAAUAAAAUCAUCCAUUGCGACCUCAAACCAGAGAACAUUAUGUUAAAAGAACAAGGUAAAACUGACAUCAAGGUGGCAGACUUUGGAUCAAGUGGCUAUGAUCAUCAGCGCAGUGGGAGAUACAUUCAGACCAGGAUUUAUCGUGCGCCUGAAGUCAUUCUUGGUGGUAACUGCGGAAUGCCUAUUGAUAUGUGGAGCCUGGGUUGCACUCUUGCCGAGCUUUUAACUGGAGAUCCACUUUUACCCGGGGAAGAUGAAUAUGAUCAGCUUGCAUGUAUAAUCGAGUUAUUUGGUAUGCCACCCAAAAAAGUUCUUGGAUCUUCCAAAAGAUACAACUGUUUUUUCACCUCCAAAGGACACCCUGAUUAUUGUACUGUUAAAUACCUGUCAGAUGGAUCAGUGGUACUGAAUGGCAGUUACUCUGAAACAGGAACAUGGCGUGGUCCACCUGGCAGUCGAAAUUUGGUCACCGCACUGAAGGGCUGUAAACAUCCCCUUUUUAUUAAUUUUCUAAUGCAGUGCUUUGAAUGGGAUCCUGCACAGCGUAUGACACCAAGAAAGGCAUUACAACAUCCAUGGCUACGGGGACCCCUUCCAAAGUGUCCAAAGGAGAAACAUGGCUGA